AUGGCAGUGCCAUCGGGUGCAUCGCUACUACCCCCAAGAAAAACAUACAUGACUCAAAGGCUCCCUUUCUUUAACUGUGGCACGGGGAAAGAACGAUUCGUACAUACAUCUUCUGAUAAGUCAAGCUUCGUUGGAAAACAUGGUGCCCAAGCCCGGAUCUCAACAAGCACCCAACUUCACAAGAAACACAUCGUUUUCAGCAUGUCGACCAAUCCGUUCAGAACUCCGACGAAAAGACUCGCGGGCUUGCGCUGCCCACGGAAGUCCAGCAGAAAUGUGAAGAAGACUGCGCGCUCUCCACUCAUGCCGACAUCUCCUUCCAAGCUGAACACACGAAACGAUGACAUCUUCGUCAGACAGCAAAAGGAAGGCAAGGAUUCGAACUUUCCAGCCGAAAAUGACAUUCUGAAUAUCGAGGUCGCUGCGCGCGCACAGCCGGAGAAUCCGCCCCCGCCCACCAUGAAGACCACCACAAAGAGGCAGCGCAACGGGAUAGAGGCUGAAAAUGAAUUCAACAACAAUGAAGCCAGCAACGAGAAAGGAACGUCAUGCCGGGCAGAGGAGACAGACAAGCUGUCCAGUGGAGACCUAUCGUCUAUGAUUGGUGAUCUGUACCAGGUCUCUCACACGAGGCCACAGGGAAUUCUGCGCACAAGUUUCAGAGAGGCUUGGAUACCGCCUUCGACGCCGCCCGAGAAGGUCGUCCGUUUCACCAGGAACGUCUCGACAGCUGAGCAAUCACCUGUUGCAGCUACUGGGCCCCCGGCGUAUUCAACACAUACACAAAUAAGGCCUUCUACCAGAUGCUCGGACUACGAGGCACCGUCCGACCCCAUAUACAACACUCUCGCCUACGGCCCACCUUGGGCUGUGUUUACAGAACAAGAGAACGUGCAUGUCGAGACAGUUUCCCCACCUCCAGUAUAUGUCCCAAGCCCAUCUCAACGCGUCCGCGGUGACAUCGCCUGGGGCUGGCCCUGGGUUGAUAGACUCUCCCCAUCUAGCUCGGAGUACCAUGCCUUUGCGGCAGAUGACUACGAAGACAACGAUGGCGACGACAACAACACAAAUCUCGUACAAGAGAGCAUCAAUUCGGCGCUUCUAUGUACUAUGCCGCGUGCUAGGCAGUUAAAAAUGGAUCCGGCGAUCUCGUGCCCCCAGCCGAAACUCGGGCCACGCCCAAGCCCGAUGUUGACUAUGCCAAAGCUUUGCCUGUGA